AUGGCAUCCCAAGGCCAGGUCAUUUUCUGGAGCAUGACUACAGUCAUUAUCAUCCUGGCUGCGGUGAUUGCCCUGAUCAUCGGUUUUGGUGUCUCAGGAAAACGCUCCAUCAGUGUGACAGUGCUGACGUCUCCCGGGAAUAUCGGCCAGCAUGGCAUCCUGGGCUGCACUUUUGAGCCUGACAUCCGGAUGGGCAGCAUAGCAAUCCGUUGGGCCAAGGUGGGAGUAGCUGGGCUGGUUCACGAGUUUAAAGGUGGGAAGGAUCACCUGCAAGAGCAAGACGCAUCGUUUCAAGGCCGCACGGCGGUGUUUGUGGACGAGGUGAUUGGUGGCAAUGCUUCCCUGGAACUGAGGGACGUGCGGCUCUCCGACGCCGGUACCUACCGGUGCUCUGUCACCACAGCCAGAGGGAGCGGGGCAGCAGUGCUGCGGUACAGGACGGGAGCCUUCAGCACCCCCAAGGUCCAUGUGGAGAACAGCAGCAGUGGGGACACACUGCAGUGCGAAGCACCGCGCUGGUUCCCUCGACCCACCGUGCACUGGACAGCCUACAGCGACACUGGGGAGUACCUACCUCACGUCGCCAACACCAGCUACGAGCUGAACGCAGAAAACAUCACUCUGAAAGUGGUUUCCUUUCUGCACAACAUUACUGUUAACACCACCUACACCUGCGUGAUUGAAAACAACAUUGCCAAGGCUACAGGCAACAUCAAAGUGACAGGUAGAGUUUAA